CACUGUAGUCAAGCUAGAUGUUCUGUAUUUUAACAACAAAUCAAGACAAACGGCGUUAUCAUAAAAUAAUUAGGAGGCAAAGACUAAGAGUUGUUUUAAAUCGCUUCGUGUGGACGUUCAAAAAAUAUUAAAUUGUAAGUCAUCGGAACCUGCUGGUCCCCAGGUCUACCUGAUGAGUAUGAGCCUGACUACAGAACCCCCUAACGAUGUUCCCGCUGUUACAGAAGAGAGCAAAAUGACUGCCGUCGUCGAGAAGAAGGACAAGAAGCCAGAGGAUGUGGCAGAGGAAGAGGAGGAGGAGGAAGAAUACGUGGUGGAAAAGGUCCUGAAUCGGCGGGUGGUGAAAGGGAGAGUAGAGUAUCUCCUCAAGUGGAAAGGCUUCACUGGGGAAGAUAACACGUGGGAGCCAUCAGACAACCUGGACUGUCCAGAUUUGAUUGCAGAAUUCCUGCAGUCCCAGAAAUCAGCAAACGAUGUAAAGAGGAAGGCGGCCGGAGACGCAGAAGGAGACGAGAGUAAAACGAAGAAGAAAAAAGACGACACAGAGAAGCUAAGGGGCUUUGCUCGGGCGCUGGAUCCAGAGAGGAUUAUUGGUGCCACAGACUCCACAGGAGAACUCAUGUUCCUCAUGAAAUGGAAAAACUCUGAUGAAGCUGACCUGGUGCCGGCGAAGGAGGCCAAUGUGAAGUGUCCGCAGGUGGUCAUCUCUUUCUAUGAAGAGAGACUUACUUGGCACUCGUAUCCGACUGAUGACGAAAAAAAAGAUGAAAAAAACUAACACAGGGGGGAAGAAAGAAACUGUAGUUUUGAACUUCAUUGUACCUUCGAGAGGGAUUUGUGGGGUCGGAAGGGGGCGGGGGGGGGGGGGGGGUGGCAGAGACAAGCAAGACUCCAUUGGACUCGUGCGUCUUGGUGUAGUAUCACUCAUUUGAUUCUACUUUUAUCAUCUGGAUAUAAUCUAACUGUAUAUAAGCUUUAGGUUUGCUUGACAAAACCCAACCGAAAUGUAAAACGCAGUGUUAAUUUUCAGUAUCGCCAGGAAGUCGUUCAGCCACUUCAGUAUCAUUUUCAUAAAGAAACAUUUGGUCCAGUGCUCGGUCAUCUUGCUAUGACAUCGUAUCAGUGAGGUGAUGUUUUUAUUUCAUUCGUGUGCCUUUUUAAAACUUUGUUUUUUACUUGGUUCAUUUGUGCGUUUGAUGGCAAACCUGAGUCAAUCUUCUCGGUUACUUUAAGACUUGUUUGGUGUGCGGUUACGAACCCUUUUCAAUGAUUCAUUUGGUCAUUGGUAAUCUUUGUAGUGUUUUUCAUAAUCAUGUCUUGCUUGUCGGUUUUUGAGAAUAAACCACUUUUUUGUUACUCUG